CCAAACUUGAGCCAAAAUGGUGUCCAGAGCAGUGUUUGUGCUUGCGAUCGCCGCAUUCGUCCAGGCAGCCCACUGUGCUUGCCCCUGCUCCUCAGUUCCUGUUCCAUUACCUUUUCCCAUUCCCACUCCUGCCCCUAUUCCGAUUCCCGCACCAGUACCAACACCCGUGAUCCCGAUCGGCUACGAGGAGGGUUGCUGUCCAGGCAAGGUCGUGGAAGAGAAGAUCGUGGUAAACAAGCCAGCCACCGAAACUUACGUCUACCAGGAACCUGUUUUCUCCAAGAAGUGCUACCAGAAACCCGGUGCAGUAGACAGGAAAGUUGUCCCGAAGAUUGUGAACUCUCCACCUUCCUGCCAGACCCAAGAGACCACAAUCGUAGUGCCCACCACCGAUACCGAGGUCAAUGAGCAAGCCCUCUGCAAGAAGACGUGCACGACCAGUGAGUACACCAUCCAGAUCCCCAUCGUAGAAACCACAUGCACGAACUACCCACUGUGCAAGAAGAACACCCGGUCCCAAGACAACAUUCUGACGACAGUAGCAAAGAAAGUUUCUUGCGAAAAGAAGACCUGCACCAACAACCAAGUGACCGAGACGCCUACUUAUGAAACUGUCUGCCAGAAGUUCCAAGGAGCUGUCAACAAGAUCGGAACCAAGACCGUGAUCAAACCCGAAGUUAUCAAGAAGUGUGUCCAACUCCCACCCUACAGAUGCAUCAAACCUAUCGACGCUUCUGCCGCUCCUUCCCCACUUCCCCUCUUUGCACCUGGAAGCUACCAAGCUGCUGAAGCUGCCGCCGCUGCCGACGCCGCUGCCGCUGCUGAAGCUGCUGUCGCCGCCGAAGCCGCCGCCGCCGCCUCUUACGAUGCGGCUGCAGCAGCUGCUGCCAGUAGCUCUGUCUAUCCCGGAGUCUUUUACCCAUCUGCUGUUGCUGCAGAACUCGAAGCUGCCGCUGAAUUAGAAGCUUCUGCUGAUGCUUCUGCUGCCGCCGCCGCCGCUGCCUCAGCUGCUGCUGCUGCUUCAGCUGCUGCCGCCGCUUCAACUUCUUACUAUCCCAACCCCAUCUAUCCACCUGUAUUCUACCCUCCCCCACCUGUACCAUGUGGUUGGAAGGCGUAGACAUUGCAAUCGCUUGAGUUGAAAUGAUGAAUUAGAACCAACAAGACUGAAUUAAAACAAAUUUAAAAAAUUGUAAUAAAGUUACAAUAAA